AUUGAUCAGACGUAAAGCGUUAGUAUUCUACAGCUUGAACACAUUUUAUUUUGAAACUCCAUGACAUGACGGAAGUAAACAAUAAUAACGUCACAGCCCGGAAGCAUUAUGUUUCUGUGAUUAACGUUUGAAUAGACAAGAAUGAGCAAUAUUUGUUGAGAAAAAAAUAUUAAACGUAAUGCUUGCAACAUCUCUCAUGUUGUAAUAUUAUCAGAUACUCGUCUUUUCGCGUGUGGAGGUAAAGGCUGUCGAGUGUGAGCAGCAACGCCCCGAUGAAAGCCUGUCCGUCGGAGAAAAAUAAGCUCGCAGUGUUUACUAUUUGGUGGAAAGGGGGCUGUUUCCCCGCAGUGUGCUGUUAGCUAUUAGUGCAGUUAUUGAGUGUUUGACUGGUGAAGAAGAAAAAGGAAAAGAAACAUGGCAGAACUGCAUGUCGUGGAACCGAGCGGUACUGGCCCCAUAGACCAGCCGGAGCACCGUGACGUCCGCGGCUCCGUGCGCCUUGCUUCGCCCACACUCAUGGUUCCUGUUCGCAGCAGCCAGCUUAGUCCCGGAGCGGUGUCGAGCGGUUGCAGCGGUGCAGGACGCUCGGUGUUCGGUUUCCCAGGGAAGAGUAACCCGGGAUCGCCGUCAGAACCGGGUGACAAGCCGGGCUCACGCUGGGUUCGACUCAAUGUCGGUGGGACCUACUUUAUCACGACCAAGCAGACGUUAUGCAGGGACCCUAAGUCCUUCUUGUUUCGACUGUGUCAGGAAGACCCGGACCUGGAUUCCGACAAAGAUGAAACAGGAGCGUACCUGAUCGACAGGGACCCUACAUACUUUGGGCCAAUCCUAAAUUACCUCCGACAUGGAAAACUGAUCAUGGACAAAAACCUGGCUGAAGAAGGAGUUCUUGAAGAAGCCGAGUUCUACAACAUUGCAUCACUAGUCAGGCUGGUGAAAGAGAGGAUACGCGACAAUGAGAACCGGACAUCUCAGGGCCCUGUGAAGCAUGUGUAUCGAGUACUGCAGUGCCAAGAGGAGGAACUCACACAGAUGGUGUCAACCAUGUCAGAUGGUUGGAAGUUUGAGCAGCUCAUAAGCAUUGGCUCUUCAUAUAACUACGGCAAUGAAGACCAAGCUGAGUUUUUAUGUGUGGUUUCUCGGGAACUCAACAACUCCACUAACGGUAUUGUCAUCGAACCUACUGAAAAGGCCAAGAUUCUCCAGGAACGAGGUUCAAGGAUGUGAAAAGUUAACCACACCUUAAGUUGAAAACAACGCCCUGAACAUUUUUCAUGAGUUUACGCCCUUACCUACACCUGCCUGCCAUCACAAAAAACAUUAUUGUGGUCAUUAUCCAACCAACCUUUCCCAUUCACCCUUCCUCUUGACUCCAUUGGUGUUCCUGUCCAUAGUGGCGGGGCUCUCCAUUAUAAGCCUUCUCCUGCAGCUCUUCAACACAAAUCUGACUUUUCUUUUUUCCUCUGCUCCUUUGAAGCCUUGUGAGGAGUUUAACACAAUUUGCAUGAUGGUUUUCUUUUGGUCAUUGACAUGGCUGAGUUGGUGGAACCCCAGCACAAAGCUGUUACACUUCCCUCUUGGUCGUCUGCAUUUCUUUUAUUUUCAGUUCAGCUGACAGUGAUUUCGCCCACUCUAGACACGUGGCUUUGUGGAUUUAGUGGAAACCUCCUCAGGACUCUCAAAGAAUGCAAAGUGACAAACACAUUGUCAUUGAAUGAGCCUCCUUCUUUACAUAAAUCUGAUCCUGGUGCAGGCUCUCUAACUGUGGCUCUUGUAUCUGGCUGUCUGCAUCUCUGCGCUCCCAGACUCCUCAGCUGAGCCAGGAGGUCCAGAGGUUGGUGGAUAAGGGGGAUCAUUUCAAGGCAGCCCCACACAGAGUCCAAAUGCUCUCUAUGAGCCACUGUGCUGUGACAUUUCCUCUACUCUUGCCAGAUUUGAGAAUCAGCUCAAAUGAGUGAUCACUGAUCACUCGUUCACUCAUGUAAAACACACACUCACAUACACAUACAUCUUGUUUUAACAAUUCUGGCGCCUCCUUUCCUCUUGUUGGCUGUCUUCAAGUUUAAAUUGAUUUCUUCUCACAUGGAACAAAUUCUGUGAUGUUCUAUCUCAAAACAAAACAAUUGAUUAAAAAAAGACUACACUUAUAGUAUGUACAAAAUAUCAAGGCAUGUGAGGGAUUUAUAUAACUCCAUAUAGGCUUCAUGAAGAAAUUAUGAGAAUCUGAAUGCAAAUGGUGUAAUUUUUGAUUUGUGGAUCAUAGUUGUCAUUUUUUUCACACAAUGUGGUGGAGGAGUUUAUUUAAAAAGAGAAAUAUCAGUUUUCCUUUCCUCAACCUCUGACAUGGGUGAGAGAUUUUGUAUGCAGUGCCUCUGCUUUCUGUCUAUGACUGAAAUACAGUAUCACGAUUUCUUUCAGCUGCACGUUUACUGUAGUGUUCCACAGGAAAAAAAAGGUUCUUACUAUGUUUUCACUUAAAUAUCCUACUUUGAUAUCUUGCAUAUCUUAAAAUUGUAACUGGGGACAAAGAAAAUUACUCAGUGUUAUUUCUGUUUGUUCAGAAACGUGCAACGUGGCGGGGAAAUAUCUCUGUAGCCGGUCUGUGAGCUGCCUCAAAAACUCCAAAACACUCUCUCCUCUCCAUGGCUUUUUGCUCUUUUCACACUCGUUUUCAGUCACUUUGCAGCUACCACUGCUGCUACUCUUCAAUUUUUAUACCAACAUGACUGUGUUUCCUUGCAUUCUGCAGCACUUUGUAGCAGCUGUAGUGCAAACGGGUUUUCUCCUUAUUUUCCAAGCCCACAGGAUCCUCAGCUGAAGAGUUCAGAUUGUCAGUGAACCUGGCAGAUAGUUUGAACACCCAGCUUUUGUUUGAAAUGGAACAGAACUUUAUCCUGCAGCAGAAAGACAAACCUGGCUUAAGUGUUUCUCUGAAAACAUGCUAUACAUGAAGUUAGUCAUUGCCGUUUUCAUCAUACAGGAUGAUGUUUGUGGCCCAGGUCUGGCUCGUGUGACACUUUUAUUUGGGCAUCAUCUAGCAUGGAAUAACACUAAUUGAGUCGUCAACAUCUAUUUGCUAAGUCUAGGUUGUAACCAGGCUUCUGAACUGUCUCAACUUAGGUAGUGUUAAAAUUUUACAACAUAGAACUUGUCCAUGAGUAACUUAAUGUAACAUGUAAGCCAUGUUUGCAUCAAGAGCUGUGCAUAUGUAGCUGAGAUGAUGAGAUUUCUCUCAGUUAGGGUUUAAGUGAUUAAGUUUAAGGGUUUGAGUGACGUUUCACCUCAUCGACGUGCCGCCCUUUGUAAAAAUAUUUGAUGCAGUUACAUUAUAUCAAGCAUGAUCAAACAAUGCAUUUAUAGGCUAAAGAAAAAGUACCAUAGCUGUUGUUGUGCUCCCUGACUGUUUCUUUCUUAUUACUGUUUUUUUUUAUUAUUAUUAUUAUUUGACCUCAAGCGUGUGCCGUGCAGUUAUAUUCUCCUCAAGGAGUUGUGUGCUUGUGUGUGUGCUGCUAAAUAUUUCCAAUAUUGCAUUCAGGAGCAAUUUUCCCCCUUCCUUGUUGUUCUCUGGACCUUCACAAAGCACCUUGGUUGUUGUUUCCUCUUGUCUGUGUCCAGUGUUGUGCCUUUGACCUGUGUUGUGCACAGUUGUAGCCCCUAUCCUUUCAUGAGGCGCCUCUCAUACCUUAAAAAAAAUCCAUGCGGCAUCUGCCUGAGGAGAGAUGAUUAAUGCGGUUUAAAGCUUGGUUUCACUUGUUGGUGUUUUAUUGAGAGCCAAGCCAAACAAACCAACUAUCCUCUUUCUAUAAAAUUAAAAACGAGUGACCUUU